CGUGACACUUGUCGCGGGGGAGGGCGAGCCCCGGUGCGGGGGAGGGAGUGUAAAUAGAGCGAAGGCGACUCGCUGUCAGCCCCGCCACCACCGGGCGUUCCGCGCGGAGUCUGAGGGAGAUGGAAGCUCAGCAAGAGCAACGGCGCAGAAAGGUGGAGGCCGGGAGGGCGAAGCUUGCUCACUUCCGACAGAGAAAAACCAAAGGCGACGGUGCGCAUUCGGAGAAAAAGACGGCGAAGAGGAAGGGCUCGGCUGUCAAUGCGCCUGUCCAGGAGGAGAGUCCGGUAGCCAAGGACGACAGCGAAGUCCGUGGAGGAGGGGACAUUUACAAAAGCCCAUCAUGUGACGACAGCCCUGAUGGGACAGGAGGGGCCUUUGCAGCUCAGCUGGAGGACUGUGAUGGAGAGAAGAGAGAGGACUUGGAACAGCUGCACCACCAUUCUCGAUGGUGGGACAUUGACCACCAUCCGGAGCAGCGUGGGGUCAUCACCGUCAGCGACCACCAUCCGGAGCAGCGUGGGGUCAUCACCGUCAGNGACCACCAUCCGGAGCAGCGUGGGGUCAUCACCGUCAGUGACCACCAUCCGGAGCAGCGUGGGGUCAUCACGCUCCUUGACCACCAUCCAGGACAGCCUGGGGUCAUCACCCUCAGUGACCACCAUCCAGGACAGCCUGGGGUCAUCACCCUCAGUGACCACCAUCCGGAGCAGCGUGGGGUCAUCACAAAGGAGUAUGAACAAGAAUGUGAACUUGCCAUUGCUGACAUGGAGAGCCGGCGCGAAGAUGAGGCUGGCCUGCAGCAGAGUCAGGCGGUGCACGGCCUUGAACUGGAGGCGCUGCGCCUCAGCCUGAGCAACAUGCACACAACGCAGCUGGAGCUGACGCAGGCCAACCUCCAGAAGGAGAAGGAGACGGCGCUGACGGAGCUGCGGGAGAUGCUCAACAGCCGGCGUGCCCAGGAGCUGGCCCUGCUGCAGAGCCGGCAGCAGCAUGAGCUGGAUCUCCUCCGGGAGCAGCACGCACGGGAGAAGGAGGAGGUGGCGCUCAGGUGUGGACAGGAAGCAGCUGAGCUGAAGGAGAAAUUACAAUCAGAAAUGGAGAAAAACGCCCAGAUAAUAAAGACCCUGAAGGAAGACUGGGAAUCUGAAAAAGAUUUAUGUUUAGAAAAUCUACGCAAAGAAUUGUCUGCAAAGCAUCAGUCAGAAAUGAAGGAUUUACAAAACCAGUUUCAGAAAGAAUUGGCAGAACAGAAAGUUGAGUUGGAGAAGAUUUUUCAAGACAAAAACCAGGCUGAAUGGGCCCUUAGGAACCUGGAGAGUCAACAUCAAGUAGCCAUUGAAAAGUUACGUGAAGACCUGCAGUCCGAGCACUGCCGGUAUUUAGAAGACUUGGAGUUAAAGUUCAAAGAAAAUGAAAAAGAAAAACAGCUGGAGUUAGAGAAUCUUCAGGCAUCAUACGAAGACCUAAAGGUGCAGUCACAAGAAGAGAUCAGGCACCUGUGGUCCCAGCUUGAUUCUACGAGGACCAGUAGACAGGAACUGAGUGAGUUACAUGAGCAGCUCCUGGCACGCACCUCUCACGUGGAAGAUUUGGAACAGCUGAAGCAGGGCUUUGAACAGCAGCAACAGCAAGCAAAAAUCCAGCAUGAGUCUGAACUGGAGCAUCUGAGGAUUUAUUUUGAAAAGAAGUUAAGGGAUGCUGAAAAAACUUACCAAGAAGACCUAACCCUAUUACAACAGAGGUUGCAGGGGGCGAGGGAAGAUGCUCUUCUGGAUUCUGUGGAAGUCGGUUCAUCCUGCAUGGGUUUCGAAGAGACACCUGAGAAAGAAAGAAAAGAUCACCUGGAUAAACUUGAGCCUGAGCAAUAUAAGGAGAGCCUGCCGUGCUUCCAGGUGGAGUUGGAAGAGAGCCACGGGCACCAGUUGGAAGCGCUGGAGUCAGCUCUCUGCAUCCAGCAAGAGGGGCACGUCUCAGACAGAUGCCACGCGGAGGCUGCAGUGUUGGGACAGGCGUGGCGUCAGGAGCCCUCUGAAGGGCACAGCCAAGAGCUCCCCUGGGUACAUCUCCAGGAUGGGGCCGUGGAGGCAGACACAGAGGUGGCAGCCAGAGUCUUGGGUCUGGAAACGGAGCAUAAGGUUAAACUUUCGCUUCUUCAUACUGAGCUCAAGGAAGAAAUUGAACUUCUAAAAAUAGAAAAUAGGAAUUUGCACGAGAAGUUGCAGCGUGAAAUCCGUCUGAAGGAAGACUUGGAGAAGGUAAAGCACAGUUUAGUUGAAGACCACCAGGAAGAACUAGAUAACGCUAUGCAAAAGAUUCAGCUGAUGAAACAGGAAUUCAAAAAAAAAGAAGUGGACUGGAAAGUUACAAGGGAGGAGUUACAGCGGGAAGCUGAGGAGAAAUUAACAUUGAUGCUUCUUGAACUAAGAGAAAAGGCUGAAUCUGAGAAACAGUCCAUUGUAAACAAGUUUGAGCUUCGAGAAGCUGAAAUGAGGCAGCUUCAGGACCAGCAGGCAGCCCAGAUCCUGGAUCUGGAGAGGUCCUUGAUGGAGCAGCAGGGCCGCCUGCAGCAGCUGGAACAGGAGCUCACGGCAGACGAAGCCCUGCGCUGCAGCCAUUGUGGGCGGGAGCCACCCGCAGUCCAGAGUGGGGAGCUUGCCGCACUCCGAGUGAAGGAGGACUGUGCCCUGCAGCUGAUGCUGGCCCGGAGCAGGUUUUUAGAGGAACGUAAAGAGAUCACCAAGAAAUUCAGUGCGGACCAAGAUGCCUUCCUGCGGGAGGCCCAGGAGCAGCAUGCCCGGGAGCUGCAGCUCCUCGAGGAGAAACACCAGCAGCAGCUAGUGUCGGUGACAGCAGAGCUCGAGGCCAGACACCAGGCUGCGCUGGGCGAGCUGACAGCCUCCUUAGAGAACAAGCAGGGGGCUCUGCUGGCCGCACGUGUAGCUGAACUGCAGACAAAACAUGCUGCUGACCUCAGCGCUCUGGAGACCAGACAUCUGUCAAGCCUGGAUUCUUUGGAAUCCUGUUACCUGUCUGAAAUUCAGACCAUCCGUGAGGAGCACAGGCGGGCCCUAGAGCUCUUACGAGCAGACUUUGAGGAGCAACUGCAGAAAAAGGACUCUCUUCACCGAACGAUUUUGACUCAAGAGUUGGACAAACUGAAGCAGAAACAUGACGGGGAGCUGCAGUCUGUGCGGGACGGCCUGCGAGCCCAAACGAGCCCGGAGCUCACUAGGACCGUGGCUCACCAGCUGCAGGGAGCGCACCAGGGUGAAUUUGGAAGUGAAAAGAAAGCUACAUUGCCUGAAAAAGAAGAGACACAUAGGCUCCAGAGUGCACAGGCACAGCCUUUUCACCAAGAGGAAAAAGAGUCUUUGUCUCUGCAGCUUCAAGAGAAGAAUCACCAAGUCCAGCAGCUGAAAGACCAGGUCUUCUCCUUGAGUCACGAGAUAGAAGAGUGCCGUGCUGAGCUGGAGGCGCUGCAGCAGAGGCGGGAGCGGGAGAAUCAGGAGGGUGCAAACCUUCUCUCCAUGCUCAAGGCCGACGCCGACCUGUCCUACAGCGAGAGAGGGGCCCUCCAGGACGCCCUGCGCAGGCUGCUGGGAUUGUUUGGAGAGACGCUGAGGGCAGCCAUCACCCUAAGGAGCCGGAUUGGGGAGCGUGUGGGGCUCUGUCUGGACGACGCAGGCACAGGCCUGGCCCUGUCGGCAGCUCCGGCGCUGGAGGAGACAUGGUCUGACGCAGCCCUGCCGGAGUUGGACAGAACCUUGUCUGAAUGUGCAGAGAUGUCUUGCGUGGCUGAGAUUAGCAGCCACAUGCGUGAAAGCUUUCUCAUGAGCCCAGAAAGUGUGCGGGAAUGUGAGCAGCCCAUCCGGAGGGUCUUCCAGAGCCUCAGCCUGGCCGUGGACGGACUCCUGGAGAUGGCCCUGGACUCUAGCAGGCAGUUGGAAGAAGCACGCCAGAUUCAUUCUCGUUUUGAAAAAGAAUUUAGUUUUAAAAAUGAGGAGACGGCACAGGUUGUCAGGAAGCACCAGGAGCUGCUGGAGUGCUUGAAGGAGGAGAGCGCAGCAAAGGCGGAGCUGGCGCUGGAGCUGCACAAGACGCAGGGUACCCUCGAGGGAUUCAAGGUGGAGGCUGUGGAUCUGCAGAAGGCGCUGGCUGGGAAGGAGGAUUCCGAGCACCGCCUGGUUCUGGAGCUGGAGAGCCUGAGGCAGCAGCUGCAGCACGCGGUGCAGGAGCAGGCGGCACUGAGGGAGGAGUGUGCCCGUCUGUGGAGCCAGGGGGAGGCUGCAGCCGCGGAUGCAGAGGCCAGAGAAGCUGCUCUCCGGAAGGAAGUGGAGGAUCUGGUCACGGAACAGUCGGAGAACAAAAAGCAGGCUGAGAAGGACCGCUCAGCCCUGCUCGCCCAGAUGAAGAUUUUGGAGUUGGAGUUGGAAGAACAGCUGUCUCAGCAUCUCGGGUGUGCCAAGCAGGCAGAGGCUGUCACCGCCCUGGAACAGCAGGUGGCGUCUCUGGACAAGCAUUUGCGCAGCCAGCGGCAAUUCAUGGAUGAGCAGGCUGCCGAGAGGGAGCAUGAACGUGAGGAGUUCCAGCAGGAGAUUCAGAGGCUGGAGGGGCAGCUCCACCAGGCGGCCAAGCCGCAGCCCUGCGGCCCUCACGACAGCCAGCAGGCGCCGCUGGAUGGAGAGGUUGAGUUGUUACAGCAAAAGUUGAGAGAGAAGUCGGAUGGAUUUAAUGAAUUGGCUCUACAGAAAGAGUUGGCAGAUAGACAAGUGUCAAUGCAGGAAGACGAGAUUAAACAUCUGGAGGAGAUGAACGUCCACAUCAGAAAAAAAGUGGCCCAGCUCCAGGAAGAAUUGGAAAACCAGAGAAACAUUGUGAAAGAGCUAGAACAAGAUAAAGAGGCGUUAAAGGAACAGCAGAUGAGUAGCUUGCUUCUAGUGUCCACGUUGCAGUCUACGCUGGAUGCAGGCAGAUGUCCUGAGCCUCCUGCAGGCAGCCCUCCGCAGAGUCCAGAAACCCCAUUAGAGGUGACACAGAGCGCACUCCUGCAGCGAGAGAGCGAGGUUUUGGACUUAAAAGAACAGCUAGAAAAGAUUAAAGGUGACUUAGUAAGUAAGAAUGAAGAAAUACUGCACCUGAACUUAAAAUUAGACAUGCAGAACAACCAGACUGCCUUCAGCCUCAGAGAACUUCAGGAAGAGAACGCGAGCUUGAAGGUCACAUAUACCAGAAGCUCUGAGAUUGAAGAGCUGAAAGCCACUAUUGAAAAUCUGCAAGAGAACCAAAAACGAUUACAAAAGGAGAAGGCAGAAGAAAUUGAACAACUCCAUGAAGUCAUUGAGAAGCUGCAGCAGGAGCUGUCCCUCAUGGGGCCCGUGUUGCAUGAAGUCAGCCACAGUCAGGCUGGCAGUCUGCAGAGUGAGCUGCUCUGCUCCCAGGCUGGGGGCCCUGGCGGGCAGGCGCUGCAGGGCAAGCUUGAGGCUGCGCUCGAAGCCAAGGAGGCCGUGAGCCGGCUGCUGGCUGAGCAGGAACUCGGGCACAGCCAGGCCCUGCAGGCCCUGCAGCGGCGCCUCCAGGGUGCAGAGGAGGCUGCGGAGCGGCAGCUGGCUGAGCUGGAGCGCAGUGCAGCUCUCAGGGAGGCUGAGGUCGAAGGCAUGGCCUCCAGGAUCCAGGAGUUUGAAGCAGCACUGAGAGCGAAAGAAGUGAUGAUUGCCGAGAGAGAUUUAGAAAUCCACGCUCUGAACCAGCGGAAGGCGGCCCACUCUGCUGAGCUGGAGGCUGUCCUGUCAGCCUUGGCCCGCCUCCGCCGCACCUUGGAGCAGCAGCCCCUGACAGCCCUGGCAGAGCCCCCCGAGCUGCAGCUGCUCCGAGCACAGUGCGCCCGCCUCGGUCGCCAGCUGCAGGUACUGCACCAGCGGUUCCUGAGGUGCCGGGUGGAGCUGGACAAGCAGCAGGCCUGCAACGCUGCAGCUCACACUGGGGUGCCCGGGGUGCACCCACAGCCUUGCGCGGACGGCGAUGUGGAGGCUGCCCAUGAUGCUGCUUUGGAGCCGGCUGUCCCCAACCCACGGGGUGAUCUGCAGCCCGUCCUGGUGACGUUGAAGGAUGCACCUCUCUGCAAGCAAGAAGGCAUGAUGUCGGUGCUCAGCAUCUGCCAGAGGCAGCUGCAGUCGGAGCUGCUCUUGGUGAAAAAUGAAAUGCGCCUGAGUCUGGAGGAUGGUGGCAAGAGUCAGGAAAAGGUGCCAGAAGAUUGUCAGCUGCCUAAGGGCAACCUCAUAGCUCAGGUGAAACACCUCCAGGAAAAAUUGAACUGUUUGCUGGAUUCCAUGACUUUGCAGGAUGUGGACACUGCUGACAUGAAAUCUCCAUGGCCUGUGGCCUCUGCACACCUUCUGGAGAGCCGCUGGAGUGAUGGUUCCCAUGAUGGCGAAGAGCCAGACAAAUCAGCCCCUGUCGAUGUGUGUGAUGCCAAUACAGCCACAGGGGAGCUAACUGAUGUCAUCAAAAGGCAGGAUUCCUUGGUACCAGAUGAAGUGCCAGAUUCUCCCAUUCAAGAAAAAUCAGAAUGUCAGGACAGGCCCUGUUCUUCACCUACCAGCCUGCUUGGCGGCCCCCACCAGCAGGGCCGUGCCAUGGAGGCCAGGCCCUGGAAGGGUCCGGUCAGGAUGUUGGACCUGUCUUCCUGGAGCUCCCCUGAGGUUCUCAGGAAGGACUCGACCUUGGAACCCCAGCCCAGCCUCCCGCUGACGCCCCACUCAGGCGCCUUAAGCCUAUGUAGUGCUGACACCUCCCCGCGGGACAGGGUGGACGCCUCCCUGCUGCAGGCCCAGGGGCCGGGGCUGCUUUGUUACCCAAGCGUGUCCUCAGCAGCAGCGCUGCUGGCCCCAAAGUGGGCCAGGUCUCCGCCGGGUGACCACCAUGUGGAGAGGCUGGCUGUGGAGAAAGUUGUGGAAGAUUUUAUAACAUCUUUUGAUCCUCAAGAAACGUUAAGUUCAUCUCCUCCUGGAUUAGAAGGAAAGACCGAUGGAAGUGAGAAAAGUGAUGGCUCAGGUUUUGGAGCAAGACUGAGCCCAGGGUCCGGAGGCCUUGAGGCUCACACUGCUGGUCCUGUGACCCCUGCUCCCGUCUCUGGAAGGUUUCAGCCACUGCCGGAAGCCAUGAAGGAGAAGGAAAUCCAUCCGAAGCACAUGAAGGCUUUGCUGCAGAUGGUGUGUGAUGAGAGCCACCAGAUCCUGGCGCUGUCAGAAGGCCUCACGCCCUCUGGUGCUCUGGGCACAGGCGAGCCACACCCAGCCUGGAAGGCAAACGAGGACCUGCCCACCACGUGCCCUGACUGGAGUGGGGAGUUUCUGCAGGUCAUGCAGGAGGCAUUUGAAAAAGAGCAGGAGAUGCAGGGAGUUGAGCUCCAGCUCCAGCUUGGGGGCUCGGAUCCGGGGGGUCGCAGCUCCGUGCUUGAAAGGCUGGAGAAGGUCAUCCCUGAGCAGGGAUACCUGCAGGAAAAGUCACUGGAGCAUCUGUGCCUGCUGGACCGGAGUGGCCUGCUGUCCGAGAUCCAGGCUCUGCGUGCCCAGCUGCGCGUGACGCACCUGCAGAACCAGGAGAAACUGCAGCACCUGCACAUGGCGCUGACCAGCGCGGAGGCGUGUGGGAGCCAGCAGGAGCACCAGCUGCGCAGGCAGGUUGAACUGCUGACCUAUAAAGUAGAACAGGAGAAGUCCAUUGCAGGUGACUUGCAGAAGACGCUGAGAGAAGAGGAGGAUAAAGCAAACGGCCUGCAGAAGUUCCUGGCGGCUGAGCAGAGUGCCGUGCGGGAUUUGAAGUCUGAGCUCUGUGAGUGCAGGCAGGAGAGCGAGCGGCUGUCCGGCUCCCUCCACGAGGUGCAGCAGGAGGUCCUCCAGCUGAGAUCCGUGCUGAGCAGUAAGGAGAACGAGCUGAAGGCCAUGCGUCAGGAGCUGGAGAGCGAGCAGGGGAAGGGGCAUGCCCUGCAGAGCCAGCUGGAGGAGGAGCAGCUGCGGCACCUGCAGAGGGAGGGCCAGAAUGCCAAGGCUCUGGAGGAGCUGCGGGCAUCUUUGGAGACGCAGCGUGCUCAGAGCAGUCGGCUCUGCGUGGCACUGAAACACGAGCAGGUGGCCAAGGACAACCUCCAGAAGGAGCUGCGCAUCGAGCACUCACGCUGUGAGGCCUUGUUGGCCCAGGAGCGGACCCAGCUCUCCGAGCUCCAGAAGGACCUGGCGGCUGAGAAGAGCCGCACCCUGGAGCUGUCAGAGGCCUUGCGGCACGAGCGGCUCCUGACCGAGCAGCUGAGCCAGAGGACGCAGGAGGCUUGCGUGCAGCAGGACACACAGGCACACCACACUCUGCUGCGGAAGCUGAGGGAGGAGAAGUCCCGUGUGGUGGACUUGCAGGCGAUGCUCGAAAAGGUGCAGCAGCAAGCCGUGCGCUCUCAGCAGCAGCUCGAGGCCGAGGCUCAGAAGCACUGUGAGGAGCUCAGGAGGGAGAAGGAGCGGGAAUUAGAACUGCAGCGUCAGCGUGACUUGCAUAAGAUCAAGCAGCUUCAGCAGAUGGUGAGAGACCUGGAGUCGAAGGAUGAGGCACCUGGUGGCCGCCUCCACCCAGAUUCUGCCCAUGGGGCUGCCACUUCGGACGUGGACCACCUCCAGGAACAGCAGCGAGAGCUGGAGGCCAUGAGGCAGCGGCUGCUCUGUGCUGCGGGGCUCCUCACCAGCUUCGCCAGUCAGGCCGUGGGCAGGACAAUUAAUGAUUGGACAUCAUCCAAUGAGAAGGCAGUGGCAUCUUUACUGCACACAUUGGAGGAGCUGAAAUCUGAGUUGAGCAGGCCCACUUCCUCCCAGGUAAGGGGUGAGCACCCCCAGGUCCCUGCUGCGGCGCCUCCCCGAGAGGAGCCCUCUCGGCAGCUUUGUGGUUUCUUUUUUACACUGUUUGGUUUUUUUUCCUUCCUCACUGUCUUCUCUGAUGUCUUCUCUGACUUUAUGGCUGCUAUCUGGGUGAGUGGGUGGGGGCCGAUCCCAUGGGCCAAGUGGAAACGGAUGCCCUCCACGUCCUGGGUCACUUGUGUGUCUUCGGGGGCCAAGCCCUGCUGUCCAUGGAGUGCUACAAGUGCUGGCUGUGCUUCCUUACAGAGGCCGGACAGGUCUGCUUGGAAGCCAGACGAAACGGUUCCAGAGAGUUCCCUGAGGCGCCCAGACCCUGGCCGGCUUCCACCGGCUGCCAGCGGGGAAGCCAACACCAGCAACGUCAAGAUGGAAAAAUUAUACCUACAUUAUUUGAGAGCAGAGAGCUUUAGAAAAGCUCUGAUUUAUCAAAAGAAGUAUCUUUUGCUGUUGAUUGGCGGAUUCCAGGAUUCUGAACAAGAAACACUGUCCAUGAUUGCCCAUUUGGGGGUAUUUCCUUCCAAAGCAGAGCGGAAGAUCACGUCUCGUCCCUUCACCAAGUUCCGCACAGCUGUCAGGGUGGUCAUCGCGAUAUUAAGAUUGCGUUUUUUGGUUAAGAAAUGGCAAGAAGUAGAUCGGAAAGGAGCCAUGGCACAAGGCAGAGCCCCUCGGCCAGGACCCCGAGCACGACGGCUACAGCAGUCUCCACCCAGAACCAGAGAGUCCCCCCCAACCCGGGAUGUGCCCUUGGGCCACGCCAGGGACCCCGCCAGAGGCCGUGGACUGGCAGGAGCAGCCUCCCUGCAGAGUGGGGGAAGAGCCACUCCAUCCCCAAAUUCAAGAUUAGAAAGAUCUCUGACUGCUUCUCAAGAUCCAGAACAUUCCUUGACAGAGUAUAUUCACCAUUUAGAAGUGAUCCAGCAAAGGCUCAGCGGGGCGAUAGCAGAUUCUAUUUCAAAGAAAUCCUGCCACCAGAAGAUUAAACAGUGAAUAAAAUCCUGUGGCUCUUACCUGUGACAAUUCUAUUUGAGGAAAAAAUUUGUUUUUCCCUUUUCCCACAGAAGCUCGUGGGAUGGCAUGGGCACUACUCUCCACGUGCCAUGAGACCAGCCCCCAGAUGCCUUGAAUUAAGUACUUGUCCUCACCUUGACGCAUGGCUGCACAGCCAGAUGGAGUGUUUUCCGUGGAACCCUUCGUGUGUUUCAGGCACGUGACCUUCGUGAGGUAACGUGUGACACUGGCUGUGCUGCUGUGUGCCUGUCGGCAGACUCAUCCUUCCUGCCUCCAGGAUGGACACACAGAGAAGCUUCCUGUUGUGUUUAUUUUCUUAAAGUGUACAGAUGGAAACUUCACUUAAAAAUAAGAACAAAACAACCCAAAAAGGAAUAAAAUUUAAUCACUGUUUUGUUUAUGAAUA